GUGAUUUGAUAUUUCACCUAAACUCACGCAUCUAGUUAACAUUACUCAAACUAUGAGACCUUUCUAGUGCAAGAGCAAGAGCAUAAUCAUGGGCAGGAACAGAAGCAGUUGUGUCCUCCUUCUUAUGGUUGCGAUUCUCACACUCUGUUUUGUUUCUUCCAAAGCAAAGCUUAAGAAACUCCAACAUGCACCCAAAGCAGAUGGGUCUUUAAGGUUCUUGGUGAUUGGAGAUUGGGGUAGAAAUGGAGCCGAUAACCAAUCUCUAGUCGCUUUUCAGAUGGGUGUAAUUGGAGAGAAAAUGGAGAUUGAUUUUGUGAUCUCAACGGGAGAUAACUUCUACGACAAUGGAUUAACCGGAGUGUAUGAUCCAGCCUUUGAAGAAUCAUUCACCAACAUCUACACAGCACCUAGCUCGCAGAAGAAAUGGUACAAUGUUUUGGGAAAUCAUGACUACAGGGGAAAUGCCAUGGCACAAAUAAGCCCUGUCCUUGGAUAUAGGGACAAUCGAUGGGUUUGCUUCAGAUCAUAUGUUGUUAAUUCAGAAAAUGUAGACUUGGUUUUCGUAGACACAACUCCUUUUGUCAAAAAAUACUUCAUUGACACAAAAGGCCAUAGCUAUGAUUGGAGAGGCGUAUUACCCAGGAAGCGUUACAUUUCUAAACUUCUCCGGGACGUGGAUUUAGCAUUAAGACAAUCAACAGCGACCUGGAAGGUAGUGAUUGGGCAUCAUACAAUCAAAAGCGUUGGACAUCAUGGAGACACCCAAGAACUUUUAAUACAUCUUCUCCCAGUUCUUCAGGCAAAUAAUGUUGAUUUGUACAUAAACGGACACGACCAUUGCUUGGAACAUAUAAGUAGCCUUGACAGUUCAAUUGAAUUUUUGACAAGUGGUGGUGGAUCGAGGGCAUGGAGAGGUGAUGAGAAAGGAAGAAAAGGAGAGGAGAUGAAGUUUUACUACGAUGGCCAAGGAUUCAUGUCCGUACACAUUUCUCAAAUUCAGCUUCAAAUAGCUUUCUAUGAUGUCUUCGGCAAUGUCAUGCACCAAUGGAACACCUCCAAGUUUGAAAUGUGUGCUCAAGGACUUGGACCUAAUCUCGAAGUCGAAGGCCCAAUAGUGACGAAAUUAACAGGGUCUGCGGCAAGAAAUGGGAAUAAGGUGGCGUGAAUUAGGAAAGUUAGAAUUCAAUUUAAAUUCAUGAAAAACUUGUUCACUUUUAAAACAUAAUAAUAAGUUAAUUAUAUAGCUUUAAAUAAAUUAAUAUAUUAAGUUAUUAAUUAAAUUUUAAUUUAAAAGUUAUAGAAAAAUUAAUAAACAACAUGUCCAUUAAAGGAUGUUGGGCGGUAACUCCUUUCUCAAACAGUCAACAACUAUAACGUCGAUGCUAAUAAUGUCUUUAUGACCAUAUUUCUGUACUUUUUCAAUAACAAAAUAUUUCAAUUUCGUCUAUUUAGCAAAAUAAUUGUAACUUUUAGAGAAAACUAUUAUUGUAGAAG